AUGAAGCCAUAUUCACUGACUUGCUCAUUGGCUCUUUUCUUUCAGAGGUGUUUCUGUAUCUCCAGUUCUCUAGGCGUCCACUCCUAUGCCUAUCGUGUGGAGCAGUUUUGGCCUGAGUUUUGUUCAUUUGGCCUACUUUUCCCUUGGUUUCCAACAGGCUACAUUGUUAAUAUCGUCCUCAUUGUUACAAAUCUUUCAUGUAACCAUGAGCUUCUGGUUGUCUGUCGUUUCCUUUGUCAAAGCUAUAUGCGAUGUCGGCGAGACUUCUUCACAUGCUUUCAAACCGGGCAAUUUAUAUGCGGCUAUUUUGUAUUGAAGGCCGUCCCAUUCACAAUUGGCUUUGGUCUCUCUAUUGGCGGAGAGGUUAGCAUACCCCUUUUCGGGUCAACGCCCAGGUGCUUUGCAGCACGAUGUGGUGUGCAGGAAUGA